CCGGCCACCGCGCCUCUUCACUGCAAGUUGCGCCCGUAGACCGCGCGGAGCUGCUGGACCAAGCCCUUCAGGCUGACGCUCCGCUCCGCUCCGCCCGGGAGCAGCGAGCCGCUGGACACCCAGAGAGCUGUCAGAGACACCAUGCAGUACAUGAGGAGUCCACCGGUGACCACAGAGGAUCUACUUUCUCAUGGAACAUAGGAUUCCUGCCUUGUGCAUCAGCCUGCUUCAUCCAGGCUGAUGUGUCAUCACAGGCCUGCAUCUCAACACUCAGCCGUUCCAGCACAUUCAGCUCGUUCCCUCUGACACCCCGUCAGUUUCUCCACACAAGCAGGCAGACAGGCAGAGGACAUUAUGGACCGAUGGUUAGAGUCAAAACACAUGUGAACCCGAUGAGUCAUAGAUGAGUGAAACGGUAGGUGAUUCAACCAGUGUCUGGGACAGAGACGGCUCGCAGACUAUGGAGCUGAUUGGACCGAGCAAGAGAGUGUUUCUUGACUUCUGACUUGGGAAAAUUUAUUUUGCUGAUGACACAACCCGAUACCCUCCAUGCCAGUGGAGAGGCAAUGACCUAAUUCCGAUAAAAUGACCUCACGCUGAUAAAGUAGUCUGCCGCCACACUGGCUGCUCGACGAUAAAUCGCCAAUGUAGUCUUAUCUUUGUGGCCCGGAGGUUGUGAGGCUGCGUGACAUUUCUACGUGUGUGUACAUGUUGUGUGUCCAAUCACAUGUGUGGGGGGUUUAACUCAGAGGGCUGAGUGUUGAUGUGCAUGGUGAUGUUGCGCCGCGGUCUCCUAGCCUGGGUCUCCCGUGCAGGGGGGUUGCUUGUGCUCGUCUGCUGCUCUUUAUCCCUCCUCUAUGUAAUGACCUGCAGCCCCCCACACUCUGAUGACCCCCCUCUGAGUCAUGCUCUGCCCCGCGCUGUACCCAACCACCCUAGCCUGGGGGGCACGGGGCCGGGGGCUGGCGCAGGUGGGACGGGAGGAGCUGGAGCCGGUCCCGCCCAGAGUGGCGGGCCGCCUGGAGCUCAGUCUUACCAGAUGCUCCUCCAAGAGCGCGAGGAGCAACACCGCCUCCACAUUUCCUCCUUGAAAAGGCAAAUUGCUCAGUUGAAGGAGGCCCUGCAGGAGCGCAGCCAGCAGCUGAAAGGAGUGCAGGAGAGCCUCAAGAGGGCAGCUGGAGCCGCAGGCCCGGGAGAGGCCCAGGAAGCCGGGGCUGGGUCUCGAGGAGGCGGCCUGGGAGAGGCCCAGGGAGCCAAGAGCCAGCAGGCCGACCUUCAGGAGUUUCUGAAGAGCCAGCUGUCGAAGGCCGAGGUGAGCGCCGGCGCCAGGCUGCCCAGUGAAUACGCCGUGAUGCCCUUUGAGAGCUUCACCCUGCAGAGGGUGUACCAGCUAGAGAUGGGGCUGACACGUCACCCUGAGGAGAAGCCUGUGAGGAAGGACAGGAGGGAGGAGCUGGGGGAGGCACUGGAGACGGCGCUUCAGAGCCUCAACACGCCCCCGUCCCAACAAGGCAGCAGGGGCACCGCCGAGAAGGCCCAGACCAGCAAAGUCUACACGCCGUCUGACUUCAUAGAAGGCAUUGCCCGGACAGAGAAGGACAAGGGGACGCUGUACGAGCUCACCUUCAGAGGCGAGUCGGCUCAUGAAUUCCGGCGCCUGGUCCUCUUCCGCCCGUUCGGCCCGCUGAUGAAGGUGAAAAACGAGAGGGUGGACACGGCCGGCGUCCCCAUCAACAUCAUCGUCCCGCUGUCCAGACGCACGGACAAGUUCAAGCAGUUCAUGCACAACUUCAGGGAAGUGUGUGUGCGUCAGGACGGCCGGGUCCAUCUGACAGUGGUGUAUUUUGGGAAGGAGCAGAUGAGCGAAGUCCGCAGCACUCUGGAGAACACGUCCAGGGAGGCCAACUUUAAGAACUACACCCUGCUGCAGUUGGAUGAGGAGUUUUCUCGGGGCCGCGGCCUCGACGUCGGGGCCAGAGCGUGGAAGGGCGGCAACGUGCUGCUUUUCUUCUGCGAUGUGGACAUCUACUUCACCGCCGACUUCCUCAACACUUGCCGACUCAACACACAACCUGGUAAAAAGGUGUUCUACCCGGUGUUGUUCAGUCAGUACAACCCCACCCUGAUCUAUGGAAGCGCCGACCACAUCCCACCUGUGGAGCAGCAGCUGGUGAUUAAGAAGGACACGGGGUUCUGGAGGGAUUUUGGUUUCGGCAUGACCUGUCAAUACAGGUCUGAUUUCAUCAACAUAGGAGGUUUUGACGUUGACAUCAAAGGCUGGGGUGGAGAGGACGUCCAUCUGUACAGAAAGUAUCUCCAUAGCAACCUCCUGGUGGUCCGCGCACCGUCGAGAGGCUUGUUCCACCUGUGGCACGAGAAGCACUGUGCGGAUGAGCUGCCGCCAGAUCAGUACCGCAUGUGCAUGCAGUCCAAAGCCAUGAACGAGGCUUCGCACGGCCAGCUGGGCAUGCUGUUCUUCAGACAUGAGAUCGAAGCUCACCUCCGCAAGCAGAAAGAGCAGCAAAACUCCAACCCCAAGAAGACCUGAGGACUUCCUGUCAGCCAACUACAAGACAUAAAGUUGUGCUGGAUUUACAAAAUCUUUUACUCCAGAAUGUGAAGACUUGUUCUUUUUAAGGGCUAAAAACCUGGCUGGUGUGGUGUUGCUCUCAAAGGGACAACAAAAAAGUUUUACUUAGGAGACUUUUCAGGGCAUUCACCUACACAGCAACUAAAUCCGCUGCAAAGUGUGGAUUUCUCCUGGACAAAUAAGCAAAGGAUCUUCUGUGUCCGAUGCUCCCGUCUGUAUAUUCCUCUGUACCUAUAGCCUGGCCUUUCACGAGAAACCAUGGGGCCUAAAAAGUCAGUUGCUCACUAAACCAUGUGCCUUGUAUGACUAAUACCUACAACAAGAUCUCUUCAGGAUGGCCAGUGCAAAAUGAACUUAUUCACAUUUUAAUCUGUGUAGACCAGUAGAGCCCCCUAGUGGACAGAAAGUGAACAGUAUUUUGACAAUAAAAACAUAUAAAUAAAAAAUGAAGGACUUGUUUAAAGCUUGGAUGGCCUUGUAAAACAUUUUUUUUUAAAUAAAUUAUUGCCCAUUAAUCUUAAUUUGUUGUAUUUAUGUUUGUUAUUCUUUUGCAAAUUUUACGAUAUGAAUUAUUGGGUUGUGCUAUGUGAUAUCUUGCCUGGGCAGUAUUAUUCUGUUGGCCAUUCCCCUGUAUAAUGAAGUGAGAAUAUUAUGGAGUAAAAAAAAAAAAGAAAGAAAAGAAAAAAAAAACAUGCUAUAUGAAUUUGAAUGAACUAUGAAUUAUCAGCAGGUAUUUCUCAGCAUAUACUAUGAUGACUUUGCUGUUCUCAAAAGCCUUCUGUUUGAAGAAGAAUGAGUUGGAUGUAUGCCAGUAAUAUGUGACGAUUAAUAAUUAGGACGUGAAUGUGGUUAAUUAAAAAGACAAAGUCCGCAUACCAGUUUGUGGACACAAAUGAUAGAGUGAAUAAAGGAACUUUUUUUUGACGGGCGGUAAUGCCAUUUGCUGAGCUGACAGAUUGACGAUGACUUGACAAGUCUGAAUGAGCCUAUUCAAUCUAAUAUUUCUUAUUCUGUCAGUCUCAUGCCACUCCUGUGCACACAGCCAUAAAUACACAGAGAGAGAGAGAGAGAGAGAGAGAGCUGAAAAAGUGAAUAUUGUGGUGUGAUCCAAAGUGCAAUAUAUGAAAAAAUAAAAUGUGACAUUGUGCAUAGUGCAUUGCUGAUAGGUCGCAAAGACUGGAUCUAGCUCCCUGGCAGCAAAUAUUUAAACAUGUAAAGCCAUUUUUUUUUUAUCAACUGCCAGUUGAUUACAAUAACUUACAGUCAUAUUGUUUCAUGUAAUCAUCAUGUUUUUCUGUCUUAAAAUCUGUUUCCUGUACUUCAGUCUUUAGAAGGAAUCAAAAUGAGCUGUAUUUUUGGUGGAUUGCCAAAUCUACAAAAAAGGCACUUUUUGAGUCAUGUUUUUCUUGUUAGCCAUUGAAACCUUUCUUGAAAUGUCUUUAGGUUUGAGACUUUUUUCACUUCACUUGAAUGACUUAAAUAAAUCAUUUAUUUGUACA